AGAGCGGGCGGCGGCGGCGCGCCGGGGCCUCCUCCUCCUUCCCCUCCUCCCUCUCCUCCUCCGCCUCCCGCACUCCAGCAGUCGCCGCCGGACGGGCGCAGCUCCCGCCGCCUUCGCUUCUCUCCCACCGCCGAUCCCGCGCCCGCGCGCUCUUGCCCGGCAUGUCGGCGGCCGUGGCGUGCGUGGAUUACUUCGCCGCCGACGUCCUCAUGGCCAUCUCCUCUGGACCCGUAGUGCAUCGCGGGCGACCCGGCCCCGAGGGCGCGGGCCCCACUGCCGGCCUGGAUGUGCGCGCUACGCGCCGUGAGGCCACGCCGCCGGGGACCCCUGGAGCUCCGCCACCGCCAGCUACCGCUCCGGGGCCGGGAGGCGCCAGCGCUGCGCCCCACCUGCUGGCCGCCAGCAUCCUGGCCGAUCUUCGAGGCGGGCCCGGAGUCGCCACCGCAGCCAGCACCGCGGGGGGCACCUCGCCGGUCUCCUCUUCCUCGGCCGCUUCGUCGCCGUCUUCGGGUCGCGCCCCCGGGGCUGCCAAGAGCCACCGUUGUCCCUUCCCAGGCUGCGCCAAAGCCUAUUACAAGUCUUCGCACCUCAAGUCACACCUGCGGACGCACACAGGUGAACGGCCCUUUGCCUGUGACUGGCCCGGCUGCGACAAGAAGUUUGCCCGCUCUGAUGAGCUGGCCCGCCACCACCGGACACACACCGGGGAGAAGCGGUUUCCCUGUCCCUUGUGUACCAAGCGCUUCACCCGCAGUGACCACCUGACCAAGCACGCCCGACGCCACCCCGGCUUCCGUCCGGAACUACUGCGACGACCUGGUGCCCGAAGCGCCUCUCCCAGCGACUCACUGCCCUGCAGCCUGGCUGGCAGCCCUGCGCCGAGCCCUGUCCCUAGCCCAGCUCCUGCCGGCCUGUAGAGCCUGUCAGCCCUGAGAGUGUCCCGCUUGCCAGGUCUUGGCGGGGAUUUCCACUAAGGGACACAUCUGCCCUCUGGAGAGCCCGUGUCCUGGAGUCCCGGCCCUCAUCAAGGAAGCGUCAGGGGGGCUGAGAAUGGACUUGGGUCACUGGGGGACCUGGGAGGUGGCCUCGGUGUCUGUCUGUAAAUAGCCAUGAUUAACUGUCCCAUCCCCCCAAGUGGGCAGUGGCAGGUCCUCCGUGUCCCCUUCUGCUACCUUCUGCCUUCCCUCCUGGGUGGCAUUGGGCAUGAAACCUAGCCACGGUCCCGCUCCUUAAUCCUCAGCCCCCUAGUCACCCCUCCAGGUUGGGACACAGGUACACAGAGCCAUAGGUGACUGGGGCUUCCCGUGGGCCCCAACCUGUCCCCACCCCACUGAAAGCCAUUGGCGGAAGUUCAGGGAAAUGGGGGGCGCAGCCUGGCUGACCCCCCCCACCAUGGGUACUCAAAUCUCAGGUGUCCACAGGUUCUGCCCUCAAUAGGGCCACCCCACAUCCCCAGCCCUGGGAAUAUAGAAGACACUGCAGUUUUCAGAGGAGAACUAGGGUUAGGGGGCACAGGUGGGGCGUGUGGAGGUCCCCUCAUAGAGCAUCACCACUCUCUUUGGGGUGCGGUGCUGGGCAAAUGGGAAACAGAUUAUUUAUUGUCCUCUCUGUUGGCAUGGGGGCCUGCUCCCCCAUCUGGGUGUGCAUAUGUGUGAGAGAGAUGCCUGGGGCCCUGCCUCCCCAUCCCCCCUGGAUUAGGGUCCCUGAGUUUGGCCUUUGGGGCAUUGCGUCUCAGACAAUCUUCUAUAGAACCUGUGUGGCCAUCAGCCUAGGGACGCAGGGCUCUGCCCCGCCCGUGUCCUCCACACUCCUGGGUGUCUGCAGAGGGGGACUCCAGGACUGGAAGCGGGGGGCUCAGCUCCUGGGCCUUCUGGGAUGGCUUGGUGUUUGUUUUGUUGUUGGUUUUUUUUUUUUUUUUUUUUUUGGAUGGAACAGACUAUUUUUUCAGGCUCCAGUUCCUUGUUUCAGGGGCCCCUUGUGUGGCCACUGUCCUCAGGGGUAUGAGUGUUGGAGGGUAGGAUGGGGAGGCCUCCCGGAAGAGUCUGGCUUGCGGUCCCCUUCUUGCUGUGGCUUGGAGUUCCCUUUCUAGAAAGACAACUAGGGACACUCCUUCAAGGAUUUGGGGGCCCAGAGUAAGUUGAGCUGCCCCAUAUUGGCUGUAGGAGGUUUCUGGCGUCCCCAUUUGUUCCAGAAUCUUCCGUCAUCCAAUGAGGGAGGCUUUGGGUGCCAUCACCUUUACUUGAGCCUACCUGGAGGGAGGCCUCCCUUCUGGGGCUGGGCUCGGAGGCCCUAGGCCAGCUGCCCUUUCCCAUUGGCCACAGAAAUGAGAUGCCUUAGUCGACGGGGUGGGGUGGGGAUUGAGACCCCAUUCUUCUGUGUCUUCUGGAUGUAUCUUGCUUCAUCCCGGCUCCUGCGGUCCCCUGCCCUUCCUGCAAACAGGAGAAAGGUCUGUGGUCCCAGGACCUUGGGAGGAAACUCCAUAAGCAAGCAGAGCUUUCUUGGUGUCCUUACCCUCCCCCUAACUUCAGGUUCUGGUUGGUCACCGGAACUUGGGUGUAACCAUUGAGGGGUAGUGUCUGCGGCGCAGGCAGGACAGGAGCUGUAAGGGAUUUGUUCUUUUGGGGAGGCACCCUCCUCCUUUCCGCCUGGCCUCUCACCCUUGUAUUUAAUUAAAGCCCCCCUUUUUUAAACCUG